CGAAAAAAGGUAUAUUUUGAUUCCCGGGUACCCUGUGAUGUCACGAGACAGGCAAACCGGUUUUUACUAGCUAAAAAGUCGUGUUUUUUUUCCCGUUUUCGCGAGUGCGUCAGGUCGCCUUUAACCGAAUUCUUUCAGGUUCUUUCCCUUCCAAGAUGUCAGAGCCACCUCCCCCUGGUACUCAACCGCCUGGUCAAGGAGGGUACCCUGGGUACAACCAGCCCCCCCCUGGACAUUACCCUGCUCCUGGGCAACCAGGGGGGUAUUACCCACCGCCUGGAGGUUACCAGCAGCCUCCCCCUGGAGGAUAUGCUCCACCACCGUAUGUGCCUCAAGAGGGCGGAGGUAUUCCCCCACAGAACCACCCAUUGACUAACUACCCUGCUCCACCUCCUCAGGGAUACGCCCCUCCUCCUGGAGGGUACCCUGGAGCUCCUCCCGCAGGGGGGUACCCAGGGGCUCCUCCCCCAGGGGGGUACCCUGGUGGUCCACCGCCUGCCAAUUACCCUCCCCCCCCUGGCGCAGGAGGAUAUUACCCACCGCCAGGUCAGCAACCAGGGGGGUACUAUCCUCCCCCUGGGGGGUACCCUGGUGGACAUCCUGGUGGCGCAGCUCAUGGGGGAUAUGGAGGUCCUACUGCUGCUGGAAAUGCAUCUGAAAGUGACAGUGAUGAUGAGGAUUAUGGGCCUCACUCAGUGGAAGAGAGGAAUCACUUGAAUGUAACAUUUGUGAACAGAUCUGGGCGAAAAGUGAUCAUUUACCAGAUUGACAAGAAAGGACGUUUUAAGAAGCUUUGUAAAGUGAAGGAUGGUAAAAAUAUCAGUACCGACACCUUUGAGACAACCCAUUUCACUGCACUGGAUCCCAAGGGGAAAACGGGGCUGAUAAUUGGUGUGAAUACCAUAUACAUUGCCACUCCUGAUCACUCAGGGUCUAAACAUGUGACAGUGGAAGUCAAGAAGGAACCAGAGGAUAUUGGCAGGAUGAAAUCCAAGACAGAGGCCACAGCACCAGUCCAGGUCAAAUUUAUCAACCAGACAGGACGAAAGGUGAGGCUUGAGUGGAUUAACACCAAGGGUCAUCGGGAGAGCAAGAAGGAGCUCAGGAAAGGAAGGUGCUGGCGGGUUAACACAAUGGAGGGACAUUGCUGGCUCUGUUGCGACCCGCGUGACGAAGAUGACCUUCUGUUUUUAAAUUUUGGCUCCUUUUACUGGCCCACACGCACCAACCAGCCAAUCCAAAAGGUUUACCUUACUGAAGACCCUUGGGAUGAUAGCGGAAGCAGUGGAAGCAGCAGCAGCAGUGACUAGAAUAUCUCACUCAUCAGAAUAACGACUACAAUGUAUGCCCAUGUAUGGUCCAUGACACUUAUACCAUUGUUAAGUGUGUUAGAACUAGCCUAUUCAUAUGGCGAUUAAUUUGCUUUGUAAACCAUCUUAGUGAAGUUUAGGAUCACUACCCUAAACCGUAAACAAUCGAGCCAGCGCUCGGUAGGUGCCUUGCUUGUAGCAUAAUUAUUUGUAAGGAAACCAUGAAUAUGAUAAAAAAAAACAUAAUCAUCAA